GCUGUAAAUGGUUUGGUUUGCAAUUCCAAUAUAUUGAACCUCAGUUUGAAUGGACUGAAUGUAGUUUCUGAAUCCCAAUUGCGCAGAAAAAAGCUUUGUUCGCCAAAAGCGAGUCUCUGGCUAUUUCUAUAAUUUCUUAAUGAUUUGAUGUUAUUUUGAUUGUUGUUGUUUCUGUUGGAUAGGCAAUGGAAGUGUUGAGCUCAACAUUGGUGGAUAUUGGCAAGUAUCUGUGGAGACCUCUUAAGGCACAAGUGACCUGCCUUAUUCAUUUCCGUGACAACGUAAAGGAUUUGAAAGACAAGGUGGAAGAUCUGGUGGCGAAGAGAAAUGACAUACAAGAAAAGGUAAGAGCAGGAUGUUCUAGUGGAGAAAUAGCAACCCAAGAAGUCAUAUUGUGGCAGCAGCGGGCUUUUGACAUACUAGAAGAAGCACAAGGGAUACAGCAGAGAGUGGGAGAAAACAAGGAAUGUCUAUGUUGUCCGAAUCUAAGAUGGCGUUACCAUAUAAGCAAGCAGGCGAAAGAGAAGGCAGAGAUCAUUGCUAGGCACCGUGAUCAAGGGAAAUUUGAUACAUUGACGAUAGCCCUGCCUCCGCCGCCAGUCAUAAACCAGGAAGCUCCAUUGAUCAAAGGUCAAGCAUCGGCAGAAUUGGCUAUGAAGAAAGUCAUGGAUGCUUUACGCGAUGAAAAAAUCAAGAUAAUUGGUGUGUGGGGUAUGGGUGGUAUUGGUAAGACCACCCUUGUGAAAAAUGUGAACAAUCAGAUGCAGGGCAGGAAAGACUUCGACAGAGUCAUAAUGGUGACUAUUUCUAAAGAAUAUAAAGGGUCCAGGCUGAUAUCAUGAAGAGAUUGGGUCUUGUUUUAGAGGAUAAAGAUGAGUCCUCACGUGCAAUCGAACUCCGGGAAAAAUUAAUGCAAGAGAAGAGAUUCUUAAUAAUCUUGGACGAUUUAUGGCAGGCACUUGAUUUGGCUGAUGUGGGAAUUCCUUGUGUUAAUGAUAUGGUGGGUUGUAAGAUCAUAAUCACCACAAGAAGAGAGCUGGUUUGUAGAAAUAUGGAAACCCAGGUAAACAUCAAAGUAGACUUGCUCUCAAGUGGUGAAUCAUGGAAACUAUUCAAAGAGAAAGCAGGUGAUGUUGUUGAUCUUCCUACUGUGUAUACCACCGCAAAGGAGGUUCUUAAAGAAUGUGGUGGACUUCCUCUCGCUAUUAUAACACUGGGAAGGGCACUGAGAGGUGUAAGAAAUCCUGAGGUGUGGAACAAUGCAUUGUCACAGCUGAAAAAGUCUGCACCGAGUGACGUUGAAGGGAUGAGCAAGGUAUAUCAGUCAAUCAAAAUCAGUUAUGAGUGUUUACGACCUGAUUUGAGACCGGGCUUCUUGUUUUGCGGCUUGUUUCCUGAAGACUAUGAUAUUGAUGUGGAUAGGAUGAUCAGAUAUUGGAAGGGUGAAGGUUUUCUUGAAGAUGCUGGAAGUCUGGAGGAAACAAUAAACAGAGGGCAAUCUUGGGUUGAGGAACUCAAGCUUCUUCUUUGUUAUUAGAGAGUGAAACAGAAGGGUUUGUAAGGAUGCAUGAUGUAGCUAGGGAUGUUGCCAUUUUGAUUGCAUCAAAAGAAGAGGUGGGAUUCAAAUCUUUUGUGAGAGCUGGAGCUGAAUUGAAAGGUUUGCUACGAGGACUACAGUGGGAGGAAUACAUGAGGAUUUCUCUUAUGCGGAGCAGAAUUGAUGAACUGCCGGAAGGAAUAAUGCAUUGUCCAAACUUACUAACAUUGAUGAUGGCAGAAAAUAAGGAGCUGAGUGAAAUAAAAGGUUGGUUUUUUGAAGAAACAAAAGGUCUUCGGGUUCUUGAUCUAAGCAACACGGCUAUAACUAGGCUACCAAUCUCACUUUCGAACCUGUUGAAUUUACAGGUGCUUUGCCUGAGAUACUGCAGGUUUGGAAAAUUGGGUUGUCUGUCACCAGUUGGGGGAUUGAAGCAGCUUGAAUCCUUGGACCUUUCCUACAACGAUGACUUGUGUGAGUUGCCAGUUGAAUUGGGGGAAUUGAUAAAUCUAAGGAGCCUGAACUUGACAUAUACUAGUAGUCUAGCAAUUGUACCGCAUGGCAUCAUAUCAAGGUUGGCUCACUUGGAAGAAUUGAAGAUGUUGGGGAGCUUCAGCAAGUGGGAGGUUGGAGUAAAGGAAGAAGAAGCAAGAAGCAGCAGCAACUGUACCUUGGCAGAGGUGGCAUCCUUAGCAGAGUUAUCCUGUUUAUGCCUCCACAUUGCCGAUUUGGACCGUUUUCCACAGGACUAUGCUCGGCUUAAAAGCUUGGAAAAAUUGAAGAAAUUUCAUUUAUAUAUAUACCAGUCAGAGUAUGAAAUGUACGCUUACACACUAAGUCUUGGCUUCACCAGCGAUUCAUUCAGAAGAACUGUGCUGAUUGGUUGCAUUCCUAUUACAAGAUGGGUUAAUAUGAUUUUACAGCAGACUACACAAAUAGCAUUAUUUCAUUCCAAGGGACUAAGAACACUCGAUGAGUUUGGAAAUUUACCAAGUGUGCAAAAAAUCCACCUCUUCUACUGCAAUGACAUGGAAUGUGUUUUCAGUGCAAGGGAGGCCCCAGCAACAUGGCUCAAGAACCAUGUAGUCCAUUCCACUUCAUUCCCAAGAAUGGAGAAUUUAACUAGACUCCUGGUGAGGGAAUGUGAUCGAGUAGAGCACGUGUUUGCUGGUACCCAAUCAAUGUUGCAAGAUGAUGUGCUCCCCCGGCUCCAAUCCUUGUCUUUUGAGAAUCUGAAAAACAUGAGAAGCAUUUGGGCAAUGGGGUUAGUGGGAACGUUCAAGAACCUGGCUCACUUGGACUUUCAAUGUUGCACUGUCUUGAAGAAGAAUGCUUUAUCAUCUGAGCAGAUAAAGGGGGGCCUCCCUAAUCUUGUGGAGCUCAGUGUAGGUAGUUGCUAUGAAAUAGAGGAGAUAAUAUCAGAUGUGGCUGAUAAUGAGGGUCUCCUACCUAAACUCAGAGAGUUGAGAUUAUACAAGCUACCGGAAUUGGUGCGAAUCUGUGGAGGAAAUGGAGAACUCCCACUCCCACAACUGGACUGGCAUUCAUUACAAGAAAUCAGUGUGCAUAAAUGUCCUAAGCUUAACAAGUUGCUGCCACUGCAAAGGGGUGCGCAAGGUGCUCCAUCGCUGCGAGAAGUUAGGGGAGAAAAGGAGUGGUGGGAGACAUUGGAUUGGGAUGAAGAUGACGAUAUCAAGGCCUAUUUCCAGCCUUUUUUUAUAGAAGAAAGAGCGCAAUGGGAUUCAUUCGGGGAAGCAACCUAGAGAUUCAAUUAAUUUUGUCCAAUUUCUUCCAGCUAUUUACUGGCCUUGUUUCCUACAUUCAGCUAUUCGCAUCAAUGUCCUUCAUCAGCCCACUUUGAUCAGCAUGCAUGUCUGCACUCCAACUUGCUAUAUGGAGAAGUCCCUACACGCUUACUCUUGCUAACAAACAGCAAGUCCACAUGCUGCAAAAAAUCCGAGCAAUCCGUAAUAGGUCAGCUACAUUGUUAAAAAAAGAAAAGAAAAGGUGAGGAAAAAAAAGAAAAAAAGAAAAAAAAGAAAAAGAAUGAAAAAAAAUGAAAAAGAACAAAAAAAUGAAGAAAAACCUACAUUAUAUCUUCUUGCCUGUUCUAGUAAAAGACAUUGAUGGAGAGAAGAAAGUUUGUUUUUAUUACAUAUUAUUUUACCUGCCUGAGUGAAAAUGACUGAUAUUUUAGCCAUGUAUCUAAUCAUUGCCGUCUACCUGAUUUGGCACACGUGCACUGUAUUGGCAUGUGUGGAUGCUUGUGGAUUGGCAGGGAUCCACAUGCGUGUGAGCUUAGCAAACCCCAUCCUAUUAAUUUCUGUUGUGAUUUUGCUUUUAUUUUCUUUUCUUUGAGCUGUAAUAUGAUUGUAUCUUAGAUAAGCUAAUGCACCUCUAUUGUGAGUUACUUCC